GCACUAUCCACGAGGUACUCUUUGACUCUUUAUCCCGAUAGAAUCUAAAACUCCGCAUAAGUGGGAAAAGAAAAGAUCCCGAAUUAUGGCGGAAACCGCCCCCCCAACGACAUCCGCUCCGACAGGACCAACGAGCACUACCACUGCACCGACACCAGGUGCGACGGAGCAGAAUGGCACGAACCGCGGCCUACCCUAUUACGAGAAACUGCGCCGCGAGCUGCGCGACACUCUACAGAAGAAACGACUCAUGGAUAAAAGCAUGGCCCAACUGGAAGACCAGAUCUUCCGCUUCGAACAAUCCUACCUCGAGGAAACGACAGCCGGAAACAUCAUCAAGGGGUUCGACAACUACAUCAAGGGCUCGUCCGCGGCCUCGAACCUCGGCGCCACGACGUUAGGUCUCUCCAGCGCAGGCGCGGGAACUCUGUCGCGCCGGAAAGCCCAAGUCUCAGAUAUCGACCGCGUGUUUUCGAGAAGUUCUGCCAGUUUCAUGCGGGACUCCCCCGCCCCCUCGUCGGCAGUGACGACGCCCUCGCACGCCCCAACCCCAUCGUCAACGUAUAAUGGCCCCAUGAGCGUGUCGAACCGGUCGAAUAACGAUGGCGUCUCCUCUGCAGCAGGGAGCGUCAAGGGUGGGGCGUCGAAGAAUAAGAAAAAGGCCAGUGUGGGCGGUGGGGGGAAUAAUAGGGAGAAGAACCAUGACGAUGACGGCGAGGACGGGGAGAAACCGCCUGUCAAGCGUUUGAAGAUCAGUUACGGCCGUGAUUAGGUUGCCCUGCUGAUGCCUAUCCGAUCGAAUACUCUUUGUUUCAAUUCAUCUAGCGAGGUCUGGUGGUCUGGGAGGUUGGCGAAUUGGCGUUAUUUACUUAGAUGUUCAUGAUAUCCUGUACAGUGGCUAUAGAGGUGAGGCAACAG